AUGCUGAACGAAGCUGGUCUUCAGAGCGUCAUCGAUACAGUGGGGGAUCCUCGUUCUCGACGGCAGGCUGCUUGUCUGCGCGGCUUCGCCGCGCUUGGGCUGGCGAUGCCGCGUCUGGCUUCUCGCUGUGGACUGUGUGCCUGCCGUAAAUCCUAUAUACUUGUGCCUGAUGACGGACCUGCUGCUGAGGUCUUGGCUCGCAAACGCGCCGCCACCUAUCAGCGCCUCACCAUGCAGCUGACGCUGGAAGCGCUCUUGUCUGGUGCGAGGCGCAUGACGCCCUUGCGGGCGCAAGCACUUCUCGAGCCAGAGGACAGCUCCUCCUCGGACUUUGUCGAGUCGCCCGAGGAGUCUUCGCCGGAGGUCUCCGACUCCGAUGGGGGACACCCUUCGAGUGGCCCCGACGAUCGGCGCGGAGCUGGCGAGGCGUCUCCGUCCCUCACUGUGACGUCGGGUGCCUCCGGAGAGCUCGACACCACUGGGGUGCUUGCUGCUGGUCCGAGCUCGCCUGCUUCGGUCCCCGGCAUCGGUCGGGUCACGCCGGUCCUUGGGCAUUGCCGCGGCGUCGCCGCCGUCACGGGCGGCUACCACUGA